AUGUCCAGUAUCCUGCCCAACGUCUUAUCAAGCUCAUCUUCCAAUAUGUCCGUAGCAGAUGAGAUCCCCAAAUCGAACGAAGUGUACGUCACUAAGAGAGGGGCUAAGUUGAAUCUCGAGGAGAUCGGUCCUAAACCCACUAAGAAGGUCGCUCUCAUAUGUUGCAUGGAUGCGAGGAUCGAUGCCUUUUCAGCAUUCGGCUUGAAAGAAGGUGAAUCACAUAUUAUACGAAACGGAGGUGGUAGAGCUUCAGAUUCAAUAAGAAGUUUGGUAAUAAGUCAACAACAAUUGGGUACAGAUGAAAUCAUCAUAAUGCAUCAUACCGACUGCGGUUUCUUUACCUUUUCCGAAUCCGAAUUCCGAUCGACCCUCAAGUCCAAAGGUUUCUCAGGACCUGACGUAGAUGCAAUGUCAUUCAUGCCAAUGUCAUCGAAGGAUAUAGAUCAAAAUGUCAAAGAGGACGUAGACUACUUGAAAAACCAUCCGUUGAUCAAUAAGGAAAGUAAAGUUAGUGGAUGGGUACAUGAUCUGAAAGAUGGAAGUGUAAGAAGAGUGGUGUAG